CAGUAGCUCGAGUCUAACACGUCGAUCAUAUCAUGUUGAAGAUGAACGGGUGGCCGCGACACAGCCAAAAUAAAAGCCGGAACCUGAGGAGAGAGUGUUCCAGAAGGAAGUGUAUCUUCAUACAUCACCAUACCUGAAAAUAGAACCCAGUCCAACCACAGACAUGGCAGCUGAGUCCCUGCCUUUCACCUUGGACACAGUGUCCAGCUGGGAGCUGGAAGCCUGGUAUGAGGAUCUGCAGGAGGUGCUGUCCUCAGAUGAAAAUGGGGGUCCCUAUAUCUCAUCCCCUGGAAACGAAGAGGAGGAGUCAAAGACCUUCACUACUCUUGACCCCGCAUCCCUAGCUUGGCUGACUGAGGAGCCAGGGCCAGCAGAGGUCACAAGCUCCUCCCGGAGUCCUCGCUCUCCGGAUUCCAGUCAGAGCUCUAUGGCUCAGGAGGAAGAGGAAGAUCAAGGAAGAACUAGGAAACGGAAACAGAGUGGUCAGUGCCCAGCCCGGGGUGGAAAGCAACGCAUGAAGGAGAGAGAACAGGAGAAUGAGAGAAAAGUGGCCCAGCUAGCUGAAGAGAAUGAGCAACUCAAGCGGGAAAUCGAGCGCCUGACCAGGGAGGUGGAGGCCACUCGCCGGGCUCUGAUCGACCGCAUGGUAAAUCUGCACCAAGCAUGAACAAUUGGGACCAUCAUUCCCCAAAUGGAUGUGACCCUCAACUGCAUGUUGAGUAGGGAAAACAAAGGCUCUCAGCUUGUGUAUAUGUAUAUAUUGUACAUUCUUUAUUGUUGUCCAUACCCAGUAAAGGGACUUUCUAACAACA